AUGGCGGACACCCUCGACUCACGAGGCACACUCACUCUGUACAAGGCGCAGAUACGCCCAUAUAUGGAGUAUGGUGCCUUGUCUUGGAUGUCAAGUGCUGCCGUCCACAUGCAGAGACUGGAUGCUGUGCAGCGACGAGCCCUGAGACUCGUGACCACCGAGGAAGAAGAGCAGCACCCAGCACCACUGACAUCACGAGACGUAUCGGUAUUAGUAGUCUGCCACAAGACUCAAGUGCAGAGAGUCUCCCACCUCAACCCUCUGAGGCUACAGCCACACACAGCACAGAGGUGCACCAAAGAUGCGGCACGCAGUGACGAGGUAGUGCAGGUGCCCCGAUCUCGCUCAAGCCAACACCAGCGUACCUACACAGCCAGGACCUCAAGGCUGUGGAACAUUUUCGUGGCAGCCACUCCCCAAGUGAGGAGCAUAACUACUCAGCAAGUGAAAGUGGCAGUCCACAAGUGGCGAGGCAGGCACCCGUCGCGGCUGGUGUUGCAGUAG